AUGUCAGCAGGACAUCAAGGGGUGAUUCCAGUAUGCAACAGCAAGGAGUGUCUGGAGUUUGUGAGAGAAGCCCUGCCUGGAAAAGCAGGUGGGAGGAAAAGUGGGGAGGGGUGCCUGGAGUCUGGCACAGCAGAUCAUAUUAAUCCCAAAUUUGGCAUUGAUAUGCUGGUUUCUUUGGGGCAAGAAAAUGAAAGAGAUAUUUGUGUGAUAAAAGUUCCUCCAGAGGUGAAAUAUACAGAUUACAUUGUGAUUGGGAAUGGAAUCUCCAUCAGAUACUUACAUGUCAUGGCCUACCUAGUUCACUGUGAAAUGUUCAAGUGCCUGAGAUGUAAAAGUGAGCCUCACAUUAAGAUCCAAAGGAAAGACACUGAUGAUUGGUUUUAUGUGGACUUUGGCAGCCAUGGUAAUUCAUUUGAUGCUCUAGAAACCAGAGAAACCUACCAACUAGAGAAAUUAUGGAUCAUGUACUCAUAUGACAUUUAGUUUAGACAGCAUCUAACAUUACCUAAAGAUUUCAUUUUUGGAACUGAAGAUGACACUUCAUCUCUGAGUCCAGUGGAAUUUGAGUAUGAAUGA